CAGCCAGCUGUCAAUGUCAGAAGAGGACAUGGUGAGGAUCUGGCACAGCUGAUCACGCGAUGUGGUAAGAGGCCAAUCACAGUGGCCUUUUACCACGUGAUCAGCAAUGUACAUGCCGAGAACCAGCAGUUGUCAGAGCAGGGAUCAGCACCGAUCAGGGCACUCAUGACCAGUACCCUGAUUGGUGCCCAGCAGGGCCACCCACCAGUUCCCAGAAGUGCCACCCACCUGUGCCCACCAAUGCAGUGCUGCCAGUCAGUGCCCAGCAGUUGCGCCAGUCAGUGCCACCUAUACGUGCCACCUCAUUAGUGCUGCCCAAUGCUGCCUAUCAACGCACAUCAGUG